UAGCAGUUUUCAGUUCAGGGGGGGGAGAGUCUUUGAGCACUCAGCGCUGGAGCGACACUGGCAGCCGUGGCGGCCGCCUCUCACCCUCCCACGUCCCGUUUUCAGUAAUCGACACUGCACUGCUGAUGCGCCCAGCCGCCAUCAGUCCCCUUUCCCUUACAGCUCCGCUGAGAGCUGGCAUUUUCACUGGGGUUCCCUGUCAUCAUAUAUAACAACUCACACUCUGGACUUCAUAAUAAGUCACCGAGUAGCACUUUAAGCCUCCGUGUCUGAAUGACGGGCGGUCGGUUCGACUUUGACGAUGGUGGCACCUACUGCGGAGGCUGGGAGGAUGGCAAAGCCCACGGCCAGGGUGUGUGCACCGGGCCCAAGGGCCAGGGCGAGUACUCGGGCUCGUGGUCCAACGGUUUCGAGGUGGUCGGUGUCUACACCUGGCCCAGCGGGAACGUGUUUCAGGGCUACUGGUCGCAAGGGAAACGCCACGGACUCGGCGUAGAAACCAAGGGGAGGUGGAUUUAUCGGGGAGAGUGGACUCACGGGUUCAAGGGCCGCUAUGGAGUCCGGCAGAGCCUUAAUACACCGGCCAGGUACGAAGGCACCUGGAAUAACGGACUACAGGACGGAUAUGGGGUGGAGACGUACGGUGAUGGAGGUAAGUGGGGGGACAUCAUUGGGUCGUUUGGGAUUAUGCAAGUGAAUGUUUUUCAAUGUUGGAACAUAUGGAUUUCUAUUUUUAGAAAGACAGUGUAGUAAAAACAUUGUGCACAUGCCCAAUGACCACACAU